GAUGAGCCGCUUAAUAAAUUUCUUGAUUUGGGUGAAUGUAAGGAGCUGGAGGAAUACACAUUGAAAUGUGUGAAGGAUAACUGUUCUUUCAAAGCAGUACAUAAUAACGGUGAUUUGAUUGGCAUUUUUCUUAAUGGACUUUUGAAAAGACCCUCGCCAUCUGCUAAACCUUCUGAGAAAGCGGCCGAUUCAUGCCAGCAUGCGAAGUUCAAGAAGAUACUGGCUCUUUUUGAUAGAAUUGAAGAGAACUUUAAUAUUUUCGAUUUGUACCCAGACAUCGACGUUAUGGUCGACGGUAAAAUACUUUCAGUCAAUUCCGAAUAUCGUGGACUUGGCAUCGCUGGUUGCCUGACUGAGCGUACUCUGGAAUUCAUGAAGGAACAUAAUAUUCCGGUAAUGCACGUGCUAUGCUCCAGCCACUAUUCGGCUCGUGUUAUGGAGAAACUUGGCUUCCACGAGGUAUACAGACUCAAUUAUUCCGAUUACAAGGUCAAUGAUGAAGUGGUGUUCACACCGGCAGAGCCCCACGUAGCCGCACGUAUUUUGGUCAAAGAGAUCGCGGAUGUCAAUCGAAAGAGCACACUAUAAAUAUAUCUGAAUUGACUGAGCAGUGUGGCCACUUUACUAUGUCAAUUGGUUGUAAACAAAUUUUAAAUGUGAAGAAUAAAUGUUAUUUAGUAUUAAUAUUAACCAUUUGGUGAGGGUGUAAUUCAAUUAAAACAGUACAAUAAAUAAAUGUUACUAACCAAACUUACAUAUUGAUGAUAAUGUGUUACAAUAUCAUUGGCUUUCCAAUAUCGUAAUGAAUGUACCUAAGGCCGUUCCGUUAAUUAUUUUAAAGCCAAGAUUUAGUACCGUAAGUCAUGUUUAUAAUAAAUUAAUAAUAUUUUUUAUUGUUUAAGAUGUUAAACGUGUAAUGUACGUAAGAUGUUAAACGUGUAUGUGUGUGUGUAUGUACAUAAGUACAUAAAUCACAUAAUUCGUAGAAAUUAGAAAUUAUUAAAGUUUUUACUAAGUACAUUCGAUUCCUAAUGAAUUUACAACACACAUACAAAACCGUGUGUUCACCCAAUUAAAUUGAAACUGUUUAUUUGCUUUCUCGGCCUUGACAUACCAAAUAAUAAAAUUUAUAUUUUUUAUUAA